AUGACAUCAGGCUCCCUGGACCCCCCCAGGGCUUCCUUCAAACCUGGUUUCUCCCAUUCCCAAGUGAUCAAAAAUGCCAGAAAUGCACGUAUUGCGUCCACUCCAUCGACCAUUGAUCGACUGCGAAAACUAAGCUGCUCGAUUGACCGCAUUUGCAAAGUAGAGAGUGUGCCAGGUGUUUCUAUUGGGCUCCUCGACCAUGGAGAAACUCUGUGGACUGAAAACAUUGGCUUCCGUGACAAGUCCAAAACAGCACAUCCAGACGCAAACACGCAAUAUGGCAUCGGACAUAUCACCAUGUCAAUGGUAGCUGCUGGUGUGGGAAAACUUGUGGAAGAUGGAAAGCUUCAGUGGACAUCUCUCUUGAAAGAAGUCAUACCCGAGAUUGAUCAUACUGGUGUUGACUGGACACAAACAGCCACAAUAGCGGAUAUUCUGGCACAUCGCUGUGGCUUGGAUGGAGAAAUCGCAACUCUGCUAACUGACGGUGGAAAUUGUGAUAUACAGCCUUCUCUCGAAGUGCUGUUGAAAACCGUCGGCCGCAUCCCUCAACCGCUUCCGCACCGUGAGAGCUGGCUGAUGUGUCCGUGGGGAUACACAAUUGCUGCGCAUAUAAUUGAACAUAUAUCUCGGCAGCCACUUCACGAGUAUCUUCAGAAUCAACUAUUUCGGCCACUUGGGAUGACUUCUACAACCCUGCGGCCAUCCUUUGAAGGGAACAAUAAUGUCGCCGAACCACAUGCUUCACUUAGCGACGGUGAGGCUUGUCCGUUGGCAUUUCAGCCCAAUUUUGCGAAUACAUUAUUCGAAGGUUCACGCGGAGCUUAUUCGACUGUGAGUGAUCUUCUCGUCUGGGCCAAAGAAACUUUGGCUGCGAGCCAGAACACCGAGGCAUCCGCCAACACGGCAUUGAAACAAAUCCCGCACAUAAUUAGCAACCAUAUCGCAAUGAGGAAUCCAUCACUUAUGGAAAGAUCGUACGGAUUUGGCUGGGCGAGAGCACAGCUGCCUGGGGUAGUGGGCCUUCUCGGUGGGAACUCAGAACUUUGGGAAAUGUCCGAGCAGCCUGUAUUCGGGGCUGGAAACCAGUCUAGGCUCAUGAUUUAUCACCAAGGUGGAGGACCGGGAUAUUCUUCAUUCCUUGCUCUCUUUCCUGAAACGCAGUCGGCCGUUGUAGUUCUCAUGAACACCACUGCUUUGAGCGAUGCUGCUGACUGGAUUGCGCGACUCCUAAUCGAGGGCCUCUUCGACUUUGCUAAACCCACCGACUAUGUUAAGCUCGCAGAAAUAGGUAAAAAGCGAACACUCGACCGGUUCGCUACACUCCAUGAUAGAUUGACCGAAGAGCGAAUCCAAGGAGCACCACCACUGCCACUUGAAUGCUACGUCGGCAAGUACAACAAUGCGGACUAUAAGUAUAUGCUGGAAGUCACUCUCAGUCCAGAGUCAGGGAGCGACCUUAUGAUUUCUUUUCAAGGUCGAGACUCGCACCGCUACCCCCUCCGCCACUAUUACGACCACGUCUUCGAGUGGAGCAUGAACUUUGACGAACUGAGGAAGAGUGGAAGAUAUGAUAUCACAGAUCCUUCAUACUAUAAGAUUCGCUUCGAAACCUAUCCCGACAACCGAGCGUCUCGGAUAAUUUGGAAUAUACACGAAGCAUCAGUUCCGGGAGGACUGACCUUUGAGUGGAAAGAUGAGCGUCUUGCGGAAGCGUGGCGUGCUGUGCGUGCCGACAUUGUGGCUGCCAGGGACUUGCAGUGA